AUGGACUUCAGUCUGACUGCUGCCAUUUACCUCCUGGUCAUCACACGCUACAUGGCGAUGUCAACUCAUCCAGAGUGUUUAAUUGUUCUUUAUAUACAAAAUAAAGAAAAUGAGUGUAAACUACAGAUGAACACGGAUGCUUCACUUCAGCCGAGUAAUACAAGUGCAGGUUGUGUGACGGAGUGGGACGGAGUGAGUUGUUGGCCGUCUGCCUCUGAGGGACAGAUGAUCUCUGUCCACUGUCCUCUGCCCUUACUGAAGCCUGACACUCCUCCAGUUCUCAUCACGAGGCAGUGUACAGACCGAGGAUGGAGUGAGCCCAGCGUGCCGUAUUAUACAGCCUGUUACUAUGAAGGUGAAGAGGAAGAUGGAGACAUGGGCAAAGAGCUCUGGUGCAAAGCGGCUGUGACGUUCUUCCAUUUCUGUGUUCUGUGUAACUUCUGCUGGCUGCUGGUAGAGGGUCUGUACCUGCAGAGCCUGCUGCUCUUCACCUUCUCUCACACCACCAAGCUCUUCAGGGUCUACGCUGUCAUCGGCUGGGGUACUCCCUCGGUGACUCUUGUAAUCUGGGCCCUGCUGAAGAAUCAGCUUGAUGAUGAGGGGUGUUGGGAUAACCUGGAGAGCCGCUUGUGGUGGAUUAUCAAGAUUCCAAUCCUGCUCUCCAUCUUUGUAAACCUUGGGAUCUUCCUGAACAUCAGCAGGAUCAUCGUUCAGAAGACAAAGGCCACACAUGUGAACCAAAGUGACACCCGGCUGUACAGGACGCUGCUGCGCUCCACCCUGCUGCUCAUCCCUCUGUUCGGGGUUCACUACGUGGUGUUUGCUCUGAUCCCAGAACAUCUGGGCGUGGGGCCUCGACUCUACUUUGAGUUACUUUUAGGCUCCUUCCAGGGUUUUAUUGUUGCUCUGCUGUACUGCUAUCUAAAUGGAGAGGUCCAAAAAGAAAUCCAGAGGACACUGAGAAGAUGGUGGCCUAAGACAGAAACUAACGCCAUCAAUCUUCCAACACAAGAAUAUGUCCCCUGAAGUAAAAAUAUAUUGUACGUUGUUUGGUGCUUAUUAGUUCU